UUAAAGAUGAAAAAUAUAAAGAUUCCAAAUUAGUCAGAUUCAUAAACACUAAAGAUAUAUAUCAGAAAACUGCUCUUUAUUAUGCUGCCAAGAACCAUAAAGAGAUUGCAUGUGAUUUGAUGUUGAGAGGUGCUGAUUGCAAUGAAUUAGGUGAAUAUGGAAACCCAUUUGCACUAUAUGUUGCUGAUAAACUUCACCAAAGCUAUGCAGAUCAGGAUAAUAAACUAAGACCAAUAGCUGAGAAAGUAUUUAUGGAAUAUCCUAGUGCAGUUAUUAACUUCAGUGAAAGCUAUGAAUAUCCUAGACUUUUAAGUUAUUUUUUCAAAUAUGGACGACUUGAAGUAAUUAAAACUUUGUUAAAUGCUUUAAAUGAUGUAGAAAAAAAGACACGAAUACUCAAUAAUGGUGAUAAUUCUUGCACUCCCCUAGGUCGAGUUAAUGGGAGUGAUAUUCUUAGUGAUUGCGACAGGUUAAAAAUUACUAAAUACUUAUUACAUAAUGGUGGUAUAAGAACCACUCACAGUGUAAGUAUGGAUUCCGAUAUCUCUAGAAUUUUACUGGCUGCUACAAGUAAUGGUCAUAUAAAAACCAUGAAAUACUUUAUAGAAAAAGAAGACUCUUGCAAUUAUCACAAUCACUUGUAUCAUGCACUUGAGAAAAACCAGGAAGAAAUAGUUCAUUUUUUAAUUGCUGAGUAUAGAAAUGAAAUAAGAUAUGAAGGUAACACUAUUUUCCAUUUUUCUGUCAUGUCUACGGCUAAUUUAACAAUCAUCAAAUUUCUAUUAGAUGGGGUAAAAGAUAUCAAUUCCCAAAAUGAUUUAGGUGAGACUCCAUUAAUGGUAGCUGUAAAGGCUCGUAGAGAACUGGAAGUGAUAAAAUACCUGAUUGAUAAUGGAUCUAAUUUAAACUUGGAAGACAAAGCCAAGCAUACACCAUUGUAUCAUGCUUUAAAAGAUGAUCAGGUAGAAGUCAUAAAAUAUUUGAUACAGUGUGGUGCAAGACUUUCGAAGGACCUCAAUUGUAUUUUAACAAAAAACAGGUUACAAUUUUUCAAAAACUCUGCUCAAUUUGAUUUGAAUGGGACUAGCUACAAUGGGCUUCCUAGGUUACAAAAUGCCAUCCGAUAUCAUUAUUUUGACUGGGCAAAAUUUAUAAUACAUCACGGUGGGAAUGUCAAUGUUGAAGACAUCAAUGGAAGAACCCCCUUACAUGUUGCAGCUCAAUUUGGCUGCUAUGAAAUUAUGAGGUUAUUGUUCCAGUUUGGUGCCAUUUAUGAUAAAGCUGAUAAAAGCCUCAUUAAACCUGUUGAUUUGUGCAAGUAUCAAGAAUUUUCCAUGAUGUUUGAUGAACUGGACAAACUGUUUAACAGUCAAGAUUUAGACAAAAGUUUCAAUGCACUUGAUCCAGCAAAUUGGCUUGGCUGGACAUUUAAAGAUGCAUGGGAUCCAGGUAACCCCAUGUUGUUCAUGCUGAAUGUAAGAAACCAUGAUGGAAAAUCAUUAUUGCAUAUUGCUGCUAUAAUUAAUGAUUGCAAUGCUCUUAAGACUCUGCUUAGUUACAAUGAUGCAUAUCUUCAACGAAAAGCAGAUGAAGAAAACCUUGAAUUUGAUCCAUAUUUUUUACAAAAAAAAAAUAUAGAAUAUGGUAAAACAUUCAAAUACUAUUUGCCUAUUUCUGUUAAUGUACUUGAUUUGCAAAAUAAUUCGCCACUCCAUUAUGCUGCCCAAGAAGGUAAUGAGAAAUUGGUAUCAUUUCUUUUAGAACAAGGAGCUUCAUAUAAUACCAGAAACAAACAAGGAAAAACUCCAAAUGAUCUUUCAAAAAAAGAUAAAAUAAUACAACUUUUUUCUGAUGUUGACAAACUAUUUGAUGCAGCUGAAGAAGUUAGUAAUGACUUCACUGCACUCAUUUCUCAAGAAUUUAAGUAUAUAAAUGUUAAAAAUGAAAGUGCUAAAACACUGUUACAUGUUGUUAUUCUUUCUGGUAGGAGUAAUGUUAAUGUUAUAAAAUUUUUGCUCAAAAAAGGAGUGGAUAAAAAUUUUCCAGAUAUUAAUGGCAACACACCACUCCACUAUGCUGUUGAAAAUGAUAAUUUUGAAGUUGUUAAACUCUUAUUACGAGUGGGGGCUAUUUAUGAUGUUAAGAAUAAUGCAGGGAAAGCUCCAUUUGAGCUUGUAGACAAUAGGAGUGCAACAUUACUAACUUCAAUUGAUCACUUAUUUAGUCUUAUAAAAAGUGAUAGCCCUGAGAGUAUCAUGAAAGAAUCUAUUAUUACUAACCAGGAUGAUCGGUUCAACUUUAUUCUCAAUACCCAUGAUAAUCAAGGAAAAACUAUUCUAUACUAUGCUUCUAAAUUUGGUUAUUUAAAUAUUGUAAAAUAUUUGCUUCAGUAUGGUGCCACCUUUGUUUUGAUUACAAAAAGGUUUUCUAGUCCAGUAAAAGUUUUUCUGGCAUCAAUUUUAGAAAUGUUUGAUGACAUAGAUAGUGUUUAUGAAAUGGUAAGAAAGACUGAUAUACAAAUCAUCAUCAAUGUUCGCAAUGUUGAUGGUAAAACAUUAUUACAUAUUGCAGUAGAAAAAGGCAGUAUCAAGCUUUUCAGACAUUUAAUAGAGAAAGGAGCCAAUAUCAAUAGUGAAGACAUUUAUGGGAACAAGCCUCUUGAUUGUGAUCCAUUGGGAGUAAAGGAAAUCCUCCAAGAAAUUGUUGAGAUGAAUCAAGUUGAUCAGGUAAAUUUCUAAAAAAUUAAGGAAACUAAUAAUUUCUAAAAAAUAUAGCUAUGAUUUUAAACAGUAAAGAGAAGUUAAAUUAGUUUCAUUUAUUGUAAGAAUCAUCAAUGCAACUUCAACCUACUUUAAGUCAAUCCUGCAAUGUCAAAUUGUUUUAAUCAUCUUACAGAAUACGUGCAUGUUAGUCACUUUUAGAUAUAAAAUGUACUUGAAAUUUCUGUUAGUGUUAACCUCAAAGAACAUGGUACAAUAUUAUCGGCACUUAAGAAUAGGCCAAGUUUAUCCUGCCACUGGUUUUGUUAUAUUUGUGAUAUGAUGUAUAUUAAAAUAUUCCUUCAUAAUAAGCAAUGAUUUUUGGAACUGGGAGUUUCAUUCUUACAGAAACGUGCGUAAUGGCAAAUUUUCAACCAUGUAGCACUUUGUCCUGUGAGGACCCACUUAGAAAAAUGAAUGGGUUAUUUUUUCAAAUAGUGAUCCACUAUCUUACCCACUGCACAACCAAUAACUGACGUAGCACUGGUGCAUUUGAUUGCUAUGCCAAACUGGGUCAGUAUGACCCACAAAAGAGCAAAUAUUGUAUUGCUAUUUGUAGGAAGUAUCAUUUACCAGAGUGCUAGCUGCGACUUCCAAGCUUGAGCUCAUCAUGGCUGUCGAGUAUGACUCGCAGGCGGCUGCUACUUUCAAGUGUUCGUGUUUUUCAAUUGUUAAGUUUCUUGAGUUGUUAACACUACGAAAAGUGAGUGCAAUUUUAUCGAAAUAGCAACACUUUUUGUCCUCCAUUGGGUCAUCCUGACCCAGUUUGGUCAAGCAAACAAGCAUAUCACUGCUACGUCCGCUUUCUGCUUGUGUUGUAAAUAAGGAAGUGCAUGUCCAUUCGGUGACACACUUCCCCCACUCAAAGGAAGUGUGUCACUAUUUGGUGUCACUUCAGUUGCAUGUAAAACCACUGGCGCUACCUCUGAGUUGUCGCAACUUUACAUUCAACUUCUAGUACGUAACUUUAUGUAAAAUGGUUUGAUAAUACCACCGUUUGGAGUUGCGUCUACUUUGCUCGCUACAUGUACCUAGGGGUGUUUUGAUGAUCUGGCCCCAGUGCCUUCUGCCGUACCUACUUCUAGCGUUUGCAACCAAGAAUUUGCUACUAUUGUAUAUAUACAAUUAGUAUAGGAUUCAAAUUGUGAAGAAAACAACUGGUGCCUUCCACUUUGUUGCAUCUAAUGCCAGUGUUCUAAAUAUUUAAUGCUGCGUUACUAUGUUGUAUUUUAGUAGAAGUAUCUAUAAUUAUUUGGUGCUUGUUUAUAUUUUCUGUUUGUUGUUAGUAGUGGUUGAGCUAGAUGUUUACUUGGCUUGACUUGAAAAUGAUUGAUGCCUCGUUUUGUAUUUCUAUACUACCUUAGCUUACGGGCAACACUGCACUUAAUUUUAAGGUUAUUUUGAGCCCUGACUGUUGCUGAGCAUAAACUUGUUUUUACAAUUAGUGCAAUUGUGUAAUUUCCUUUGGUUUUGAUAAAUCAUUCUAUAAUAAACAUGUGU